CUCUUGGCAGGGCAGGACCAGCUGGUGCUUGCCUGGAGAUGCCAUAGCCGGGCUGGGAGCCGAGUGCAUCUUCCCCACGGCCACUGAGGACUGGCUCCUGCAGUGGGGCAAGGAGCAGAAAGCUGGCUUCUGGGGCUCCUUGCGGAUACGGAAGCUGGUGCCAGAGAGCCCCUCUUGCUGUCCUGUCUGGAUACAGGUUCUGGCUUCUGGGUGAAGAGCCACAUCGGCGUCCUGUGGCCCACUCGAGGGGCUGGCUUUAGAAUAGUGUGGAUUUGGGGUUUGGGGCUUUCGUGCUAUGGUUCCCCUGAGGGGACCCCCAUUGCAGGUCGCUGUACCCUGUUCCUGAGAGCCGAGGUGCACAUGCACGAGACCAUGAGGCCUGUGUCUCCUGCAAGUAGCACAUCGCCCCUGGGGCUGCUGAACCGGGGCCCGGAGUAUCUCCGCAGGCAGAUGGAGGUGGGGAGCGGGGGCCGUACCCCUAGUGCCGUGGAGAGGCUGGAAGCUGACAAAGCCAAGUAUGUCAAAACCCAGCAAGUGAUCAACAGCCGGCAGGAGCCAGUGCUGCGUAGCUGUCCCCCGCAGCCUUCCCCUCGCAGCAGGAGGCGCCUGACUCUCCACCAGUGUCACGAGAUCUGUCAGAGCUCAGAGCUGGGCCGAGACAGUCCCAAGCAGAACGGCCCCAGGAAGCUGCUGCCUUCUCCCCAGUCCCCCGUGGCGCGCAGGGGCAGCAGCAAACGCCUGCUGAGGCCCGACUCGCUCAUCAUCUACCGGCAGAAACGGGACUGCACGGCUGUCAACACGGAGAAUGCCAAGGGCUCCGGCCUGGUCAGGCGGCUCUUCCAGGGGCCUCUGAGAGACAAACUCCCCAGCUCCCCCUCCUCCAGGGGCCUGGGUGACGGGCAGCAGGGGCCGGAGAGAGACGAGACCCCCAUGGUGUGGGUGCCGGUGGAGAAGGAGGCUGCUAGAAUGCAGAGCCCAGGGGGCAGCAUCUUCAGUCCGAACGCGAACCCUGUGGUGCAGCCUCCACGCAGCAGCCAGACGCACCUGCCCAGCCCCGAGUCAGGACCAGGCCCGAAGGAGACCAAGAGGGAGCUGGGCCGAGGCUGCUCCCUGCCCCUCUCCGAGAAGGAGAGGUUUUUCAACUACUGCGGCUUGGACCGGGAUCUGGUGGAGGUGCUGGGCAGGGAGAGGUUUGGACCUGCUGGCUGGGACGUGGCCUCCUCCUUGCUCCUGGGUAGCGCAGGCUCGGCCGGUUCGGAGCAUAGCGGGCCGGCCCACUCCAGCGACUGCGAAGCAGGGCCCGAUGUGGAGUUGCCAGGCGCACGGUGCUGCUCGACCGUCUCCAUUAUCGAGCGCAACGCCCGGGUGAUCAAGUGGCUCUAUGGCUGCCAGAGAGCCUGGGCGAUGGCCAGGGAGUCCACGGUCUGAGGGAAGGGCCCUGGCCAGCCUACAGAGGCCCCUUCCCAUCUCAAGGGCUGGGGACAGGCGACCUCCACUCCAGCCCAGGUGGUUCCCGGCACUGGUCACGCCCGCCAGUCCUGCCUCCUGCGAAGGCAAUGGCAACCCCCCUCCCCGGUUGCUCUCUGUGCGGGCAGGAGGCGGCCUGGGGCAUGAACUGGGCAGAUCAUUCGGCCCCUGGGUGAAGCAGAUGCUCGUGGGGGUGAAGGUGCCCUGAGCUGGCUCCUGCCCUGGGUAUGUGCAGCUACCCACAAGUACCUUUCUGCACUGGGGCUGCCAACUGGGGACUGUUAUGUAAAUGGGGAGGAGGGGGCAGGUGCUUCCAGAACUGCAUGGCCUAAUCCUGCUGAGCCGGGGAGGGGGUGUGGGUGACAUUCACCUCUCAGGGCCCGUGUGCUCAACAGAGACUUUCCUCUUUUUUGAAUGAUAUUUUAAAAUGUGCCCAGGGAAGGAAUUGUGCUGGGGGAGAGGGCUUGGAGCAGCCCCCCCAGGCUGCCCCCCUGCUUCAGCUCCCCCUUGGGACUGGUGCUGGCACCUGAGUGUGGGAGCAAUGGGACUGGAAGGGGGAGACAAACUGGCCACUCCCUGCGUCCCCCUUGACUGGCCCUUUAACCCUUUCUCUGCUGCUACGCUCUCGGCCUGGCCCCUUAACUGAUGCAGCCAGCUCUGCGGUGGAUGAGGUCGGAAGGGCAGAAAAGGACCCUCUGGCUGCAUGGGCUCCUCCCUCGCUGAGGGAUCCAGGAAUGACCAGAGGCGCUGGCAUGACGCUAGCAGACUGGGAGAUGUUUAGGUGUAUGGCUGCAGCUGUGGGACCUGGCUGUACCAGCCCUGGGAGCCCCCCAUGCUGUCAAACUUCCUUUUUUUUCCCAAGAGAAAUUGUUUCAUUUUGGCUGGAUCUGAAAAGUUCUGAAUAAAGCCGGCUGUGUUUUCAAUCCUGCCGCAUGUGAUCUCUGCCCAACAGCAAGGAUAUGUCAGAGCUGCAGCCUGUCUGCUUUUCUCUGGACUCCCCUCUGCCUUUCCCCCGUGCUCCACGUGGGAGCAGCGUGGCCAAGUGAACUGAGGAGGGCUCUGAGCCACUGACUCUCCUCUUCCCGCUAGAGCAAACAGAGGGGAAGUACCUGGAUUGCAGUGGGCCAUGCUGGGAUCAUGGCCAUGCUCAGGCUAGGGUACAGAGCAUCACCAGUUCUCCCACCCCUCUCCCAUCGGCAGAGUUCAGCGUCAUUCUGGAGUCUGCUUUCCCUUGGCUGGUGGGCCAGUUCCCUCCUGGGGGUUGCGGGAAGAUGCCAACAGGCUCUGCCCUCCUGCGGCCCCUUCCCCCCCCCCCACAACAGCAGCCUUUCCUUCAGCAACUUCCACUGGCCCCCAUCCCUAGCUUUGGUUCCCCCUCCCAGCCCCUGCAGGGCGGAGCUGAGCUCCCAGGAGCAGGAUGAUCCUUUCCAGCCUGUGCAGAUUCCAGCCUGACAGGAACCUGCCUGAGAACGCUCUGAGGGAUGAUUUACUCAUCCUUUCAGGAGCCCCGAUCACCUCCAUGACCUGUGCCCUCCUCCUCCAGCUGCAGGAGGGCUCUGGCACCCGCUGUGCUCCAGAAGCUCUGCUGUGAUAAAUGGCUCCCUUUAAUCUGCAGGGGAAGAGGAGUCAGGUUAUCUCAGGGGAGUGCUGAACCAACCGACUCCUUUCAUGUCCUCUGCUCAUCCCCCGCCCUCCACCUGGGCAGUGGCAGCUGCCUCCCAGCUGCCUCUUGGGGUCACACCUUCUGCUUGACUUAAAACACAAGGUGGGGCUCAUGCCGCUAGGACUCUCCCAGCCAGCCCCACCGCUGGCUCUAGUGGAAAGGCCUGUAACUGGCCAGGAGGAAUGGCUAACAGGAGAGUGGUUCUCUCUGGUGGGCCAUGGAAGGGGAGCCCCUUGGGUGUGGGCAGUUAAGAGGCAAGCAGUGACCUGAGUGGAAAGAGGUGGAGAACCAAGAUGGAGCCCCCGCCUCUAGGAUGGUGGGUUGAAAGGAACCCCUCUUGUGACUGAGAACUGGAACAGUCCAAAGCGUGUUCUGUGUCUUGGGUUAUGAGUUUGUUGGGCCUUGGUAUGGUUCAUAGCAGCCAUGUUUAUCCUAAAUGUUGCCAUAACUAGCUGCCAGGUUGGGAGGCCAAACACUCCACAGCGCUGGCCAUCCACGCUUCCAGCUUUGCACUGUGCUUCCUGCUCCCAGUUGGCAUGUGACCCAUGGUACGGGAGUCCUGUCAACUCCUAAGGCCACAUGGCUCGAUGCCUGUGGCGCUGGGGCCCAGCAGUGCACCAGAGUCGCAGCAAUUAAUCCGUGUAUGGCUUGAGCUGUCCUUUCUUACAGCCAGGUGCCUCUGCUCCAUGGCACGCACUGUUAGCAAAUAACACCUGGAUUUACUGAUUAAAAAUCAGGAUCUCACUAGUGUAUGAGGAGCUGGGGAGCCCAUUCUCUCCACCCCGAAAACGGUCUGGGACUGUCACUGUCUAUUCUAACAUCUUUCUGCUUCGUGUUUGGGAGCGGCCUGGCAGCCCUGAAUCUGAGAUCUUUGAGCUGGCCACCACUCGCCUUCAGACAGUUACAUCCUCGCUGGUGCAGCCAAGAGGAUCAGAUGAUGCUUCAAGUUAAUCAGCUGGAACUUCUGAACUCUGGUGCUUCUACCUGGCAUUGUAGCUAAAGCGCUCUUUACACUUACCAAGGCCUCCUUGGAGCGAGGCUAGGCAGGUCUGGCUGGGGAACCACACGGGCCCCCUCUGGCCUCACACUCUAUGAAUGAAAAUUGAGGAGUUCGAUCAGUUCUUUUCAGGGUGCUUUUCUCAUGCUGCAGACUUACUGACACCUAGUGGCUUCUCUA